AUGGGCUCUAUCGUUGACCCCCGCGGCCAAGCCGCCUUUGAGCUGGGCUCGAAGCGCAUUACCUGGGACAUUAUCAGCAAUAUAUGGCAGCCGAAGACCAAUCCGUCUGGAUUUCUCUCCAUCGGAAUGGCAGAGAAUACGCUUCUUCACGACACGCUUCUCAAAUACAUACGUGAUAACUUCCGCCCUUCCGCCGAGCUUCUCACCUACAACAACGGCAGCAUGGGAUCCAAUAAACCGCACCAUGUUUUGAUGGCAAACGGGUGCUUCUCCGCAAUCGAGCAGCUGAGCUGGACAUUCCUCAAGCCAGGCGAGGCGGUACUUCUUGGCCAGCCGUACUACAGUACACGUAUCGCAUAUUUGACGCUGCGGCCCGAGGCAGUGGUGGUGCCGGUCGAAAUGGGAAUUAUCGAUACCUUAAGCCCAGAAGCCGUUGGCGAAUAUGAGAAAGCAGCUAUGAGAUUCGAGGAACGCACAGGGAAGAGAGUGCGAGCUGUUAUGCUUUCCAACCCGCACAAUCCCCUGGGCCGAUGCUUACCCCACGCGACAAUUGACGGGUUGAUGAGUCUCUGCCAGGCACGGAAGAUGCAUUUGAUCAGCGAUGAGAUUUAUGUGUUAUCCGUGUGGCACAAUCGAGUUGAUCGCGGCCCCUCUUCUGUUCCCUUCGAGUCUGUUCUAUCAAUAGACACGAUAGAUCUUAUUGACCCCAGUGUUGUGCAUGUGCUGUGGGGAAUGAGUAAGGAUUUUGGUGCCAAUGGCCUUCGAGUCGGUGCUAUUAUCUCGCAGUCAAGUCCUGCGCUGCAUACCGCACAGAAGUGCCUUUCUUUGUACUCUUUCGUUUCUGGAUUGUCGGAUCAGAUCACUGCGUCUAUUUUCCAGAACGAUGCCGUCACGGAUAGGUAUAUUAAGUCGAACCAGACGAAGCUCUCUGAAUGCCACGAGUUCAUCACUCAGUUGCUGGACAAGCAUGGUAUUGAGUACUCGCACGGCUGCAAUGCCGGAUUUUUCGUGUGGGUGAAUCUUGGCCAGAAGUACCGCGAAGCUCACCCGGGAGAGGACGACGAGAGCCUGACGUUCACUGACAUUAUUCUUCAAAGGUUACUCGACAACAGGGUAUACUCAGCUCAUGGAACGGCUUAUGGAUCAGAGCAUCCGGGGUAG